AUGCCCAAGCGUAAUCGCUAUAAGGAACGUUGCCAACAGGCUGACCGUAUUAUCCGUGACGGUGUCCAGGUCGAACUUCCUUAUGCCUGGUGCUUUUCCCGCGGUCUUCCUUGCUUCAUGGAUUCCAAAAAUCGAAACUGUGCAGCCUGCACCCGUCGUGGCCGCAAAUGCGAAAAACGAUUUCAUAGUGAACGAGAGUGGGAUCGUCUGAAACGUGACGAGGAUCGAUUAUCCUCCGAAAUCGAACAAGCCGAAGAGCAAAUAGAACAACUCUUCGCUAAACUGAAACGUUUGCGAAAGCAUCGCAAUUUCUUAAAAGAACGUGGUGGGAAGAUGUUGGAUCAUGAUUCCCAUAUAAUAGACGUGUUGGACGGAGAAGACCCUCCGUCUGCCGAAAAUUUGCGCGAGCUGGAUCGUUUGGCCAGUGAACACGAGACUGCCCAGCUUGCUGCUGUCUCUAGUGAUCCUACAUUGAGCCAGUUGAUGAAUGAUCCCGCUUUUUGGUCGGCUUUCGAUCUUUCUGCUGCUGGUGGUACCGUCGAACCGACUGGUGGCACCCCAUCAGGUUCUCGAUAG